GCUCUCAGGAAAAAGUCCGAAAUAGUCUCUCUCUCAUUGCGUCGUCACUGUUAGAUCUUCCAGCUUCCUGAAACCUUUAACGGUAACUUUCUGGCGAAUCAGCGACUUUAAAACUCUCUUUACCUUCUUCGUAACGCUUCUUUAGCUUCAUCUUCAUCUUCAUCCCACUCUCUUCUCUCUCUCUCUGCUGAAACGAUUAUGACUCUCCCUCACCUCCAUCUCUCUCUCCUCGCCGCGACGGCGAUUAUGUUAGUGGCGAUUGCGGAUGCGCAGGCCGGGGGACAAGUGCUUCAAGCGGAGCUUUGGUGCGUCGCGAAGAACAACGCGGAAGAUUCGUCGCUACAGACGGCGAUCGAUUGGGCAUGUGGACAAGGAGGCGCGGACUGUAGUCCGAUCCAGCAGGGUAGAGCUUGCAACGACCCGACGGAUAUCCAGAAGAUGGCGUCGUAUGUGUUCAACAACUACUACUUGAAGAACGGACUCGCCGACGAUGCUUGCAAUUUCAACAACAACGCUGCUCUCACUUCCAUCAAUCCCAGUCAAGGAACUUGCAGAUACCCUUCGAGUAAGAGAGUGAGCAAUGGUCGAGUCGCGGAUGAUACUUCAAUGGGUUCAGGACAAGCAGAUAUGAGCCGUGGCAGACGGGUUUCCACCACUUGGAUCUUGUUGGCCUUCACCAUAUUGAUGGUGACAUGGAUAAUUCAUCUCUAGGCCACUUGCACAUUGCUCCUUCUUGAUGAUGAGGAGGAUGCUAUUUUGAUCUCUCCCAAUAUACCUAUAAUGAUAGGUCCUAAUAUCUAAUUUUCUGCCAUCUUUUGGUUUUGUUGUCCUCCCUAUUCAAUCCCACUUGGACUGUGUGUGUUUCAACAUGUUUUUGAGUUGUAAUGUGUAUUGAUAUUUCUCUU